AUGUCUUUCUUCAGGGAUACAUACGCGGAGAAUAUGCAACGAGAUUCCACCGAGGCGCAAAGACUCGACGAACAAUUCAAGCUCCUCACCGAAAACAUCGGCUACCUGCUGCACCCCUCCGUUCGAGACAAAAUGCAUACCCACGCACGAGUUGCUGACAUCGCCACCGGCACUGCAGCCUUCCUGCGCGACCUCGCCCACGACUGGCCCGACGCAAUCUUACACGGCUAUGACAUAUCAACUUCGCUCUUUCCACCCGCCAGAACCCUCCCCAAAAACGUGACUCUGCACCUUCUCGAUGCCCGCAAGGAUGUUCCCGUCAGCCUCUACGGACAGUAUGAUCUCGUGCACAUUCGACUGAUUGCCGCCGGGUUGACUUCAUCCGAAUGGGAGAGAGUUGUUCGCAACCUUGCUAAGCUUCUAAAGCCUGGUGGUGUUAUGCAAUGGGAAGAGUGCGACUUUACUAGCGUUCGCCACCUUCCCGGUAGACCUGAUUCUACGACCGACGCGGCUAGUACCAUCGGAUUAAUGUUCCUGACUGCCAUGAAAUCCCGCUUCGAGUAUGGCUGGAAUCGAUUGGCGACCGACAUGCGCGCUGUUGGUCUUGUAGAUGUCCAUAAUGAGGCUGUUUCUGCGGAUCGGGUGUAUGACACACGUGAGCGCUUGGCUACAAAUGGGAUGAGGGCUAUGUUCGCGUGGGCGCGGCUUCAUUCUGCUAGAGGAUCACAGGGGGCGCUGACCAUGCGGAAGAUUGAGGAUCUGGAGCAGAAGGCUUAUGCGGAUAUUCAAUCUGGUUGUUAUGUUACAUUUGACAUCCACAUUGCCUGGGGAUUUCGGCCCGAGGAGGAAGAGUGA